AUGUCUGAAGAUGUUCAGACCCUUGGUCUUCCAGAAACCAACAGUCCAAUCACUCAACAAAUACAAAAUAACACAGUUGAUUCAUCUUCAAAGUCUUGUUUUAUGGAUCUUACGGUAGCCAACUUCAAUACUACUGAGAUUCUUACUCCACCAAAGGGAUCGCUGAUAUACAGUUCCACGGGAUAUCCAAUACUAGAUUUCUUCUUCUAUAUACUUCUUGAUACACCAGAUGAAUAUCUGACUGACCGGUUAGAACGUGCCUGGAAAUAUGACGCGUUAUCGACGUUGAAACUCAUAUGCAACUUGAGAGGAAUCAGAGGAACUGGAAAGGCGGAUAGCAAAAAUUAUUAUAGAGCUGCACUGUGGCUUCAAAAAAACCAUCCUAAAACCUUUGCUUGUAAUCUGAAGUCAUUUGCUGAAUUUGGGAGCUUCGAAGACUUUCUUGUUAUUCUAAAUAAACUUAAUGAAGUUCUUGAAGUGGCGCCUGAACCUAGAUCUAUUGUGAUUAACCCUUUUCUUCCGAAAAAAAAAUCUACUGUGGCGUUUCCGAAAGAUAUGAUUCAGGCGAGAAUUUGGAGACAAGAGAAGAAUCGUGCCUUGCGGAUAAGAGCUCUGGAGAAACUUGGAGGCGAUCCUGACUACAAAUUCUUAUACGAUAAAAUCACUGAACUCUACGCAGAAAGCUUGGUUUUUGAUUUACAGUUCUUGGAAUCUGGUGAGCUGGAUAAGAUUAGUUCCGCUUCGAAAUGGUGUCCAUCACUGCGCUCUUCUUUUGAACACUCUAUUCUAUUCACUGAGAGCACUGCCAGAAAAGUAUAUCCGCAUAAUUCGUGUCCAGAAUACGAAGGAGUUGAAGAAGCUCGCUAUGCAAAGAGAAUUCGACAUCGUCUAAGGAAAGAAUUCCUUGUCCCGCUAAGAAAAGCUCUAUAA